AAAUCCACCGUGUUGUUGGUGCCUGUUUGCACCUGUUGGAGAUUAUUGUCAAUUUAUUGUUUGACGAACUGUUCCAAGGAGCAGGUGGAAGCAGGAGCAGAGCUAUUAUUCUAUGGACUCUUUACUUUUUAAACCGCGUUCUCUGGGUAAAGCAGAAAAUAUACCUAAUUCUAUACUUUCUCAGCAGAUGGGGAAUACUUUUAAUAGUCAACUGUUUACAUAUUGUAGAACUGUCAGAACAAAUGUCAAAAUUUGUUGAAACUUGAAUUUAAUUAAAUAAAAAAAAGAAAAAUGUAUCGAGAAUCAGCGAAAAUUUUUGUCGAGGAUGCUACGGCUCCUUCUGCAGCUUUUGCUGCCUACAUUAGAAUGGAGGAUUUACUAGAGAAAUUAAAACUUCUAAAUUACGAUACCGAAUUUUUACACAAGCUCAAAAUGAAGGACAUUAAUAGACACUAUUUUGUAAUACCAACAAAUUCCGGAGAACAAUUUUUCCUGUUCACAUCAUUAGCAGCGUGGCUUAUAAGAAAGUCGGGUAGGAAUUUUGAUUUACCGCAAGAAUCUGAUGAUCCAAAUUCGACGAUAUCGGGAAUUUUGGAGUUUCUUCGGGAAAUUGAAGUUCCUGUUGAAUUUGCACCAAAUAAACUAAAACAAGGAGUUGGCGAACACGCCGUUUAUGUUCUCGAUAAUUUGGCUGAUCAUGCACUGCAAGCUACUAACUUCAAGUGGAAAAAAGUUAAUAUUCCACCUGAUGAACCGACACCCGAACCCGAAAUCGAAGACGAUGAUGCUGAAUUAAUUCUGGAAAAACUUGACGAAGAAAUAAAUGUUGAUUUCGAAGAGGAGGAGGAAGAAGAUGAGGAUAUUGUUCAUGUCGAUGAUAUUACUAAACUUUACGGGGAGAAUUUAAAUGACAACUAUAGACCGGAAAAUAUUUUGGAAUCAAAAACCGAUGCCGAAGAGUGGAAACUGGAAUUGGAAAGAGUUCUACCGCAGUUGAAAGUAACUGUUAGAACAGAUUCCCGCGAUUGGAGAGCACAUCUGGAUCAGAUGAAGCAAUUGCAAACCGAGAUAGAAAAUAAUCUAAACGGCACUACUGGACAAUUAGAAAAAAUGCAUUUUGAUAUUGAAAAUACACUCGACAAAAUAAAUACCAGGGAAAACUAUCUUAAUCAGCAAUUGGAACCUUAUCUAAAUGAUUACAAAUCUCUACAGGAGGAAUUGUUGAAAAUAAAGGAACAAUAUCGAGAGGUAAGUGGAGGUGUUACUGAAAGAACAAGAAUACUAAACAAACUUACGGAGGAAUUGGAUCAAAUAAAAAAAGAAUUGGAUGAAAAAGGUUCCAGCAUGACAGACGGAACUCCUCUCAUAAACAUUAAGAAAACAAUAACGAAAAUGAAGAAUGAAAUUUCGGAAAUGAACAUAAGAAUCGGUGUUUUGGAAUAUAGUUUGAUGUGUUCGAGAAUUCGAGACCGGACACAAUUACAAGAGGAUAUGAACAGUACAAAUAAUCCAAACAAUUCCUUAUUGGCCUAGAAAAAUAAUUGAUUGAUAAUAUUCAAUUAAAUCGAUCACUUCAAUAAGUGAGUGCAAUCCGUCCAAAGAAAUCUCAGUGAUUAAUUCAAAGUACAAGGUGCUUGAAUCUUAAGAAACUUUUAUUUAUAUAUAAGAAAGAAAAUUAUCCAGAUAAUUGAUAAGAUUUUAACAUUUUUUUAAGUAUUUGUACGGAAGUGCCUUGAAUUUUUAUCCUAGAGAGUCUGAAAUUACGAAACAAUUUUUUGUUCUUGUAAUUUUUGUUUUAUUUAAUUAUUUAACUUUCUAUUUAAUAUUUAUUUUACAAGUUUCUGUAAUUGUUUCAUAAACAUUCUUUACUCAAAUAAAGAACCAAUUUUUUUUUCUUAAAG